UAACCUUUUUUUCUCUUUCUGUGUGUGUGUGUGUGUUUCUUAAUGGAUUUUUAUUUAUUCCUAUUCUGAAGAUGGAUUUAUAACAGUUGACUGAAAUGAAUUAUCUCACCUGUUCAAACUGUUGGAUGUGUAUAUUGUACAAUGUUGUUAAAGUGGUAUAAAAUUUUAGGAAAUUAUUUUUUUCUGGUGAUAUUUUUUCUUAUUUCAACUGGUGUGAUUCUAUACAUAUGGGUGGCUUGAAGAGAUAUUAAUAACAAAAGUAAAUGGACUCAUACAUCGCAGAGAUUUUUCUGUCCAAGAAUUAAAACAAAGGAGGACCAUUCUUUUUGAAAGUAAACAGAAAGCUAAUUGUGUUGUUAUAUCAUCAAAACAAAAAAUUAAAAAUCUUAAUAAAAAAAGAAAAGAAAAGAAAGAUAGAAGAAAAGAAAAAAGAAAAGAAAAAAGGAAGAUCACUCUUGGAGUAAGGUUCAUGAUGCAGAUACUGUGCAUCCAUUCAUUAGGGUGGAUUUUCAGCAGAUUAGGACUGUUUCUCCUAAUGCUAUGUGGACAAAGUUCGGGACACUUUCUACUGUCCACUGGGGUGGGGCUACUGGCUCUGUGUGGGUCCGGCCUAACACAGAGUCUGACUAACCAAAUUGUGAGUCCACCACCUCCUGGGGUUGGACUCUACUCCAUGGUCCAGAAGUUACAGGAACAAAUGUCUCAGCUAGAGCAGCUACACGAACAUGACAGGCAUCGUUUGAAACGUCUUGAAAGAAGGAAUCGAGAAUACAACAAAAAUGCAAUGACGGCAUCCGAAGAGAUCGUUCAACUCAAACAGCAUGUGGUGGAAAUACAAGAAAACAUGGCUGCCAGUGAUGAAGCCAGUGGAAACAUUAAUUUGGAGAUUUCAAGAUUGGACUAUGAACAAAAACGUAUCAAAGCGCAAUUAGUGACAUUACAAUCAAAACAUUCUGCAAAGACAGACAGAACACCUACCACUGGGUGGAACAAUUCUCAGUCAUAUCCAUUCCAAAAUGUGACAGAAACAUUCAAAAGUAUUUUCACUGACCUACAAAUGCUCAAAGAAAAACAGUCAUCACAGAGUGUUACACUUGAUAAGAAUUCUGCAGCCUAUAAGCACAUAAGACAAUUACUGAAAUUCCAUAUUCGUGACAGGAGUUCUGGACAUGGACAUCUACGUUCUCCAGUAAAUACAUCAGAUUCUAAUCAGACAGCUACUUCAGGUGCUCAGAAUGUCUGGACAAAUGAUGACUCGGCAUCAGGGGAUGAGGAGUCUGGAGAUCUGGAAUACACCGACACCGAUGAAUUCAUCUUCUGGAGUGGUGUCGAAGGUAGCGGCAGUCUGGGCAACCACUCCAUGGAAACGGACAAACUGGACGACAUUUCCGACUGGCUGAAGUUAAAGGUCAUAGAUCUUGAGGAGAAGCUGCAUGAGGUAGAGGUAAAGGUGGGCAGCAAGCUGGAUGUGGAGGCAGAGAAGAGUCUCGUUCUGAUGAUGAGGAAUCUUCUGCAGACGCACGAUGUCUACUUUGAGAAGGAGAUCCUCAAGCGGGACUCCCUCAUCCAGGCCCUCGAGGAAUAUCUAGCCAAGCUCACCAACAAGGUGAGUGACAUGGAGAAGCGGGUCCUGUCUAUCCAGCUGGGCGACUUCAUGCAGAAGCUGCAGGAAUCGAUGAUCAACUUCACGCAGCACGUGAUCACAGUCGACCAGUGGAACCUGGCCAGCAGUCAGAUCAUCAACUCGACCCAGUACAACCAGCACCAGAUCAUGGAGCUCACGGCAAUGAUCAUGAACAACUCCAAAUCCAUCAACCAGAUGGAGUGGAAGGUGGUUGAGCAGCGGUCGCUUAGCGACCAGCAGUUCCGCGUGCUUCGCAUGCACAUCAUCCGCCUCAACAACACAGUACAGGACCUCCGUGAGCAUGUGGACUAUCUCGGGACCAUAAAGACCAGAGGUAUGCAGAAAGGAGGAGGAGGAGGAGACUACCAGAAUCCUUCUGGAGAUGUGAUGACUAAGAUGGAGGAACUGGCUCUGCAGAUCGUGUACAAUGAGAACCGUAUUGGGAAACUCGAGAACAAGGUUCUCAAUCAGAGUCUGUUUGAGUGUAAGAAGCUGAACACGGAUCUGUUCCAGGACUCGCGACUGCACCGCAUCAACCAGGACCUGGGCAAGAUGAGACACAGGGCCAGCAUGAUGGAUGAGAUGAUCAAACGCGUGGACAGGUCCAUGUACCGCAUCCAUGCCAACACCAAGAACAACACACACUUCAUCAACAAGCUUGGGUCCGUGGUGACAACGUGGGAGAUAUAUCUUCCAGUGAUUCAGCUGCUGAGGCAGGAGGUGGACAACUUACUGUCUCAGGUGCCAACAGACUGCCAAGAGUAUUACGACCGCGGAGUUCACAAAUCUGGCAUGUACAUCAUCUUUCCGCGCGGCUCGCCCCAGUCUCUGUCGGUGCAGUGCGAGAUGGAGAAAGACGGAGCAUGGACCGUUGUACAACAGAGAAUCGAUGGCUCGGAAAACUUUGCGCGAUCGUGGACCGACUACGCCGUCGGCUUCGGCAAAUCUAACGGAGAAUACUGGCUUGGAAAUGAGUUCCUAAACUACCUGACCAGCCACAAGAACUACAGUCUGAGAAUCAACAUGGUCGACAUAUUCAAUGAGCACUGGCUGGUGCAAUACGAUGAGUUCUCCGUGGCGCCGAAGGAGGACAACUACAAGCUGUAUAUCUACGGUUUCCACGGCAAUGCCACGGACAGCAUGGACUAUUCCGAUGGUGUGCCGUUCAGCACGCAGGAUCGCGACAAUGAUCUGAGCAGUACGCACUGUGCGUCGUACUUCACCUCGGGCUGGUGGUACCGGCACUGUCAGUACAGCAAUCUAAAUGGGCGCUACGAUUCCGGUAUUGUCUGGUUUAACUACGACUGGCAGGACUGGAUUCAGAUGAAAUCGGCCAGAAUGAUGAUCAAGCCGAAGUCUUGAUUUAAGCGUGUUCAGGCGCGGCUCCAGAAUAUUUUAUGGGGGGGAGGGGGCAGCGGGCGGGCGAGGUCAUAUGCUAUAAUUAAAUGAAAAAUAUUUAAGAGUGCCUAUUUAUUCAUUAAAAUAAGUGAAAAAAAAUUGUUGUUUUGUCCUGAGCAGGGGGGAGGUCCAGAGCCCCUCUGGAUCCGCGCCUGAUGUUGGUUUAUUAUUAGUGCUGACAGGUUUUGUUGUGUUAGUGAUUAAAUCAUGUUGUCUCACAUUUUCUCAUAAUACAUAGAGAUUAAUAGUAGUGGAAUUUUAAUGCUAUUUGUAGAAAAGUGAUAUACAGUAUGUAAAAGAAAUGCAAUACAAAAUGAUAAUUUUGGUAUUUUUAUUUUUGAGUGUAAUUUCUUAACAAAUUACAUUUAAAUUUAAGGUUUUUGAGGAUUUGUGUUUGGUUUUAUUAAAACAAAAUUUAGUUAUGAAGCUGGUUGACAAUAACUCGUAGUCUUUUCAUUCUAUUUGCCUAUAUCAAUUUAAUGUUCAGACAUAUUCAUCCUGUCCGCAACUUCAGAAAUCGCCAGUGCCUGUAUCCAGGACAAAUUUUUAACUUAUUAAAUUCAAUAUAUCCUAAAUAUUUGUCCAACAUAAUAUAAAAAGUUUUUGUACAUUAGAUAUAUUAGGAAAAUAAAAAUUGCUGGUGUCGUGGUUAAGCCAUCGGACAUAAGGCUGGUAAGUACAGGGUUUGCAGCCCGGUACCGGCUCCUACCCAGAGCAGGUUUUAACGACACAAUGGGUAGGUGUAAGA